AGCAGAUAGCAUAAAUGAAAAUAUUGGUGGCUUCUUCUGAGUUUGACAGCGAAGGCGAAGAUACUUUCACUCAGUUGAAUUUUUUCUAAACCCUAAAACCCUAAUUCCUCUUCUUCCUAUCUCUAAACCCUAUUUCCUCUUCGACAUGGACGCAACAACAUCGGUGGCAAGUGCAUUUCUCUCUGCAACCGUUGAAUCCUUAUUGCAGAAACUCGCUUCCUCAGAGCUCAUUGAUUACGUCAAAUACAGCCAUUUGAAUAUCUUAAAACUCACUGUAUUGGAAACAAAGCUUCUCACUCUUCACUCAGUUCUUCACGAUGCUGAACACAAGCAGUUUUUCAAUCCUGAAGUUAAAAACUGGCUUGAUGAGUUGUAUAAUGUAAUCUCUACUGCCGAAGAUUUGUUCGAUGAAAUCGGUUACAGUUACCUUCAAUGUAAGGUUGAGAAUACUCAAUCUCAACAUGAUUUCGAGUAUAAUUCCGAUAUCGCGAUGAUUUGUCAAAAGCUGCAAGGGUUUGCUGAACAGAUAGAGAUCCUUGGUUUGCAAUCUGUAACUGUAAGUGUUAGGGUUUCUGUUAAAAUGUGUUCAAAUUUAGUAGGAAAUGAAACUGUUGUAGUUGGUAGGAAGAAUGAUAAAGAAUUAUUGAUGAAUAUGUUGAUGUCUGAGAGUGGUAAUAAUAAUAGUAAUAACAACUUAGGCGUGGUUGCUGUUUUUGGUGUUGGAGGUGUUGGUAAAUCGACACUUGCUCGAAUUGUUUAUGACGAUGAAAAAGUUAAUGAGCAUUUUGAUUUGAAAGCAUGGGUCCGUAUGUCAGAGGAUUUUGAUGUUGUGAGAGUAACCAAAACAAUUACUGAAUCUGUCACUUCAGGGAGUUAUGGGAUUAAUGAUCCGGAUUACAUGCGUGCUGAAUUAAAGAAAGAGGUGAGGGGUAGAAGAUUCUUGAUUGUGUUGGAUGGGCUAUGGAAUUACAGUUAUAAUGAUUGGCAUGGGAUAGUGGCUCCUUUGAUUAAAGGAAAAUAUGGAAGUAGAGUGGUCAUCACAACGCGCUAUGAAGAAGUUGCAAAGGUCGCACAUACUUUUCCGAUUCAUAAGUUAGAGCCUCUGUCAGAAGAAGAUUGUUGGCCUUUACUCUGCAAGUAUGUUUUUGGAAGUGUUGGCAAUAAAUUCCCAAAUUUAGAAGCAAUUGGUAGGAAUAUUGCGAGAAAAUGUGGUGGAUUGCCAUUAGCUGCGAAAAUAGUUGGAAGACUUUUAAGUUCAAAGAUAGAUGAAAAGGAGUGGAUUGAAAUCAUGAACAACGACAUAUGGAACUUAUCAAAGGAUAAUAUUUUACCUUCUUUGCUUCUGAGUUAUCAGUAUCUUCCCUCUUAUUUGAAAAGAUGUUUUGCCUAUUGCUCAAUUUUUCCAAAGGGUUAUCCCAUUGAUAGGAAGCAAAUGGUUUUGUUGUGGAUGGCACAAGGCUUCCUUGAACAUUCUAUGGUUGGAAAAGUAGAAGAGGAGGUAGGUAAUGAGUAUUUUACUGAAUUGUUGUCAAGAUCCUUAAUUGAACAAUUGAAUGAUGAUACUGAUGAAGAAAAGUUUGUCAUGCAUUGCCUUGUACAUGAUUUAGCAACAAUUGUAUCUGGGAAAAGUGGUCGUGGUAGAAUUCACCAUUUUUUGUAUCAUCAAGAAGAGUAUGACCUUUACAAGAAGUUUGAAAUUGUUGAUGAUUUUGAAUGCUUGCGAAGCUUCCUAUCCAUUGAUUUCUCUUGGAGAAUGAAUUACAUGUCCAGCAAGGUGCUUCAUGUAUUGCUACCCUCACAUGGAAGGCUACGUGCUUUAUCGAUAUCGCAUUAUUCUAACAUCACCACGUUGCCAGAUUCACUUGGCAGUUUGGUGCAGUUGCGGUAUCUAAAUCUCUCGUGCACUGGAAUCAAAUACUUGCCUGAUACCAUCUGUGACCUUUACUAUUUGCAAACCUUGAAAUUAUCAGGGUGCAGAAAACUCAUUGAAUUGCCUGCACAUGUUGGGAAUUUAAUUAAUUUACGUCACCUUGAUAUCAGCCAUACAAAUAUAGAGGAGAUGCCAAUGCAACUUGUUGAACUAGAAAACCUUCAAACUCUCACUGUUUUUGUAGUGGGCCAGCAAGAAGUUGGGUUAAGUGUCAGAGAGCUUUCAAAGUUUCCUAAUCUUAGGGGAAAACUUCACAUCCAGAACCUGCAUAAAGUCAUUGAUGUUAGUGAGGUGUGUGAUACCAAAUUGAAGAGUAAAGAACACAUUGAAGAGUUAUCUUUAUAUUGGGGUAAACAAACUGAAGAUUCACCAUCACAGGAAGUUAUUCUUGAUGAGUUACAACCAUCAACAAACUUGAAGAAAUUGAGCAUCAGUUUCUAUGGUGGAACAAGCUUUCCAAGUUGGUUGGGAGAUUGUUCGUUUUCUAACAUGGUGUACCUUUGCAUCAAAUCUUGUGAGUAUUGCAUAACACUUCCUCCAUUAGGGCAACUACCUUCUCUCAAAGACCUUGAGAUUGAUGGUAUGAGCAAAGUGGAAACAAUUGGCCCAGAGUUCUAUGGCAUGAUAGGAGGAAGUACUAAUACCCCAUUCCAACCAUUUCCAUCUCUCGAGAAGCUACAUUUUGAGAGGAUGUCUAAUUGGAAAGAAUGGCUUUCCUUCGGAGGCAGCAAGUUUCCUUUUCCUCGGCUUAAAACUCUGUAUUUAGAUAACUGUUCAAAACUGAGGGGACAUUUGCCUAGUCAUCUUCCUUCCAUAGAGAAAAUUACAAUACUUUGGUGCAGUCAUUUGCUGGCUACACUAUCUACUCUGCAGUGGCUUUCCUCAGUCAAAUAUAUAAAUUUGAUCACUAGAGGUUCCUCCGAAUUGCCGUUGCUUGAAAAUGAUUCACCAUGUCUUCUGCAGAUUGUAACAAUAUUCGGCUUUAACAAGCUACUAUCUCUGCCUAGAAUGUUUCUGAACUCUACUUCUCUUCAACACUUGCAUCUCUGUUAUAUUUCCUCUCUCACUGCCUUUCCAUCUAAUGGUCUUCCCACUUCAUUGAAGUCACUUGAUAUUGAUGAGUGUAAGAAUUUAGCAUUCUUGCCUCCUGAAACUUGGAGCAAUUACACAUCACUUGUGACCUUGAACUUAAAAAAUUGCUGUGACGGACUUACCUCCUUUCAACUGAAUGGUUUUCCUAUGCUCCAUAGUCUUUCCGUCGAUGGAUGUAGCAAUUUGGAGUCUAUCUUUAUUUCAGAAAAUGGCUCCCUUGGCUCGUCAACUCUCCAAUCACUUCAGGUCAGCAACUGUGACGCACUAAGAUCACUACCUCAACAUAUGGAAACCUUAACCGCUCUUGAAAGUUUGACUCUCGACAGUUUAUCGUCAUGCUGGAAAGGAGUUCGCCUCCCUCUCAAGUUUCGAUUAACACCUUCUCAUUCCAUGACAAGUACUACAACUGUGACUGAACGGGGUCUCCAAAACCUUACAGCUCUGUCUGAUAUGGAAAUUGGAGGUAAUAAUGUUGUUAACACCUUGCUAAAAGAGCAAUUGCUGCCCAUUUUCCUUGUGUCUCUGACAAUAACCAAUCUCUCUGAAAUGAAAUGCUUAGAAGGAAAUGUGCUUCAACACAUCUCCUCUAUGAAAAAGCUUGCAUUUAAAUUUUGUUCAGGGCUUGAGUCUUUUCAAGCGACGUUGCCUUCAUCUCUGAAAUCACUCGUAUUUGAAAAUUGUCCAAAACUCAUGUCCUUGCCAGAUAAGUUGCCUUCCUCUUUGGAGACACUGGAAUUUGAUGAUUGUGCAAGACUUGGGUUAUUGCCAAGACACGGGUUUCCUUCCUCUCUUAAGGUACUAAGCAUUAGCCAAUGCCCGUUUUUAGAAGCAAGGUAUGCCACUCCGAGAAGGGGUCAAGUGUCCAAGAUCGCUCACAUCCCUGUCAUAAAAAUAAAUUAUCAAGCAAUAAUAUGAGCCAUGGCAAAGGAAAGGAAGAACCACACUUCUAUUUCAGGCCAUCCAUUUCUUACUCAUCCGACAUUAUGUUUUUCACCAUCUGCUGGAAUUAGAAUUGCCUGGAGAAGUCGCAAUUGAUGAUCCUUUUUUUUGUUUCUAGCUUCUCUCUUUGGUGUCUUCAAAUAUAAAUCAACUUUGUGUAAUGUCCUCUCUUUUUUGUAGUGGAACAAACAAAUGAUGACACAAAAUUAGAACAAUCUGUCCUGUUUGUUUCCAUAUACAAAAUCAUUUGACUGCUGAGUAAUUUCUAUUGUAAUCGGAAUUAUUAGCACUAGAAAAAAAACUAUAGUCUCAUGAGUUUGACUUUGUAUCCUGGACAAAGUUCAAUCUCAUCGAAAAGAUGGUUGUAUAGUAAUUUAUAAGUUCCUUAAAAAAAAAAGUAAUUUAUUAGUGUCAUUUGAUUUUUUUAGAUUAUGCCGUUAUAUGUUGUUACGGUUAAGAAGAGAUGUGAUUAAUUGGGGUUUCUUUUUAACUUACGAUAUAUUUUUUU